AUGUUUUUGCUUCUGGAUCAAAAUUCCAGACUGCCUGAUGACUCUCAAGGUCUUUUUGUUGCUAUCCUUUGGUCUCUUUGGACUAGUAGAAACAACUUGAUUUUUCAAAAUUUUUCUGAAAAUCAUAAUGCUGUUAUAGAAAGAGCCAGAGCCAUGUUACUCACCAGGAAAAUUAUCCCUGUUGUUACCACUACUACCCCUAUAGUUCUAAGUGACAAAUGGAUGCCCCCUUCGUUUGGUUGGAUAAAAUGUAGCACAGAUGGAGCCUUUGAUGACAUUACUGGAGAAAAUGGUGCAGGUUAUGUGAUGAGAGAUUUCACUAGUAAAGCUUAUUUAUGUGCUGCUAUGGUGUUUGAAGUUUCAUCUGCAGAAGAAGCGGAAGCUAGAGCUAUCCGUGGAGUUCUAAAGAAAGCAGUGGAUCAGAAGAUGACGCAUAUCAUCAUAGAAAGCGAUGCAAAAAAACUGGUGGAACAAUUUUCUUCUGGACUUUUUGAUGGUGAUUCUAGUACGGAUGCCAUAUUCAAAGACAUUAAAUUGUAUUCUUCUAAGUUAUCGGCUUGUAUUUUUAGUUUUCAACCUAGGACCUGUAAUUAUGUUGAUCAUGAGCUAGCUCAAUGGGCAAAAUGUAAGAAAUCUUCCAUGUACUGGUCUGUGCCUCCUGCCUGGCUAGCACCAACAGUUGAGGGGGACCAUUAUCCUUUUGAAGGCCUUUGA